GCAGAGUCUGGGCCACAAAGGGUUACGCAAGGCACCCUGGAGUGACACCACUGCCACCAGCCCGGGCGCUCCGCUCCUUCCUGGUCGGAUCCCAGGCUCGCCGGAUGUUGGGUUGAGGAAGGGGCCGGCGGCUGCGAAGAGGAGCCGGAGCCACUCAGAGCCCCCCGGCCGUGCGGCUGCCACCGAGCCCCUGCCCAGCCUGAGCUGGUGGGUGCCCAGCAUGGAGGAGAUGGUGAUCUGGGAGCAGCACACGGUGACACUGAGCAAGGACCCUCACCGGGGCUUUGGAUUUGCUGUCUCCGGAGGCCGUGACCGUCCCAACAGGACAACCGGGGACACAGCGGUGUUUGUUUCAGAUGUGGUGUCUGGGGGACCAGCAAUGGGUCAGCUCCAGAAGAAGGAUCACAUCGUGAUGGUGAAUGGCAUUUCCAUGGAGAACGUCCCGUCCUCUGUUGCCAUCCAGACACUUAAAACCUGUGGCAAGAUCGCCAACAUUACACUGAAAAGGCCGAAGAAGAUUCAGCUCCCUGUGAGCAAGAGCAGCCCUGGGUCCCCUGCCGUGGCCCGGCACUACGACUCAGACGAGGAGUACCGGCUGCAGCGCUCCCGGGAUGACCUGGACCACAGCCAGGGCUACGACGGGGACUCGUCCAGCGAGAGGAGCUCUGGUCACCCGCACGACGAGCGCAGGCAGCACCGGCUGGUGGCACGGAGCCGCAGGCGGAGCCAGGACAGCAGCCACCGCCUGCACGGCAGCUCAGAUCGGAGAGGCCAGGGCAGACACUGCUCCUUUGGCCAGGACGGGGACACCAACGGGCUGGCCCUGGUGUCGGGUUUCAAGCGGCUGCCGUGCCAGGACGUGCCAAUGAAGCCCAUCACCUCGGUCCUGGUGAAGCAGAAGCAGAAUGAGGAGUAUGGCCUGAAGCUGGGGAGUCAGCUUUUCAUCAAGCACAUCGUGGAGAGCGGGCUGGCGGCCAAGGGCAACUCCUUGCAGGAGGGAGACCUCAUCCUGAAGAUCAAUGGGGUAGCCAGCCAGGACAUGUCCUUGGCUGAAACCCAGCAGCUCAUUGAGCAGACAGAGGGGAUCCUGACCCUGCUCAUCCUCCGUGACCACCGGCAGUUCCUGGUCAACAUCCCCGACGUUGACAGCCAGAGUGGCAGCUCCCAGAUGGACGAUAUCUCAGACAUCGACUCUGAGCUGUCCCAUCCACCAUCUCCAGAGGCCUCCCCACGAUCUCCAGCUGCUGCCAGGACAAAAUCACCGGAGAGGGGACGAUCGAGCAGGGAGCCUGUGGCCAAGGUGGCUGUAGCUGAUGCUCAGGGCCCAGACCUUCUGGAAGCCAUGGAGCAGGAUGGGCACAGCCCCCUCACCAGCCUCACUGCCCGAGCUGCCCACAAGGAUGGGUACAGCACCAACGCCAGGGUUGUGCAGUUUGUGAAGGCCAAGAGUGUGGGGCUGCGGCUGACAGGUGGCAAUGAUGUGGGAAUCUUCGUGUCCAGCGUGCAGGAGGGGAGCCUGGCUGACAUCCAGGGGGUUCAGGAAGGUGACCAGAUCCUCCAGGUGAAUGACACCAGUUUCCAGAACAUGACCCGUGAGGAGGCUGUGGAAUAUCUCAUGGCCCUGCCCCCAGGCGAGGAGGUCACGCUGUGGAUCCAGAGCAAGCAGGACAUUUACAGGAAGAUGGUCUCGUCCAACGUUGGUGACUCGUUCUACAUCCGGACACACUUUGACUUUGAGAAGGACACGCCGUCAGGGCUCAGCUUUGUCCGUGGGGACGUGUUCCACGUGCUGGACACCAUGUACCGGGGCAAGCUGGGCAGCUGGCUGGCUGUGCGCAUGGGCAGGGACCUGCAGGAGCAGGAGAAGGGCAUCAUCCCCAACCGGAGUAGGGCAGAGCAGAUUGCCAGCCUGGAGUCGGUGCUGAAAGCCACGUCUGGAGCCAACCCCUCCGGGGCAAGGGCUGAGUUCUGGAAGCUGCGGGGCUUGCGGGGAGCCAAGAAGAUGCUGCGCAAGAGCCGGGAGGACCUGUCUGCCAUCACAAAGCAGGGGCGCUACCCACCCUAUGAGAGGGUGGUCCUCAAGGAAGCCAGCUUCAAGCGGCCCGUGGUGAUCCUGGGCCCCAUUGCAGACAUCGCUGUGCAGAAGCUGAGCAGGGAGCUGCCCGACCUCUUUGAAAUUGCCCCGAGUGUGCCCCGAGAUGGGGCAUCGUCCAAGGUCAUCAAGCUGGACUCGGUGCGGCAGAUCGCAGAAAAGAAUAAGCACGCCCUGCUGGACAUCACACCCUCGGCUGUAGAGCGCCUCAAUUACGUGCAGUACUACCCCGUGGUGGUGUUCUGCGAGCCUGAGAGCCGCCAGGGCAUCAAGGCCAUGCGGCAGUGGCUGGCACCCGACUCCAGGAAGAGCUCCCGGCGCCUCUAUGCCCAGGCCAACAAGAUGAAGAAGUACUGCAGCCACCUCUUCACGGCCACCAUCAGCCUCAGUGGCAGCGGCAAUGCAUGGUACGAGCAGAUCCAGGACAUCGUAAGGACACAGCAAAGCCAGCCAGUCUGGACAACAGCAGAGCAGGCAGAUGUGGCCACCGAGGACAGUCUGGACCUGCUGAACCCACCAAGCAGAGUGCCCUCAGGCUACCUGACGUGUGACAGCCGAGCCAACAGCGACUACGAUGACACCACGGAUGGGGAGGCGGGCGCCUACACAGACGGCGAGGCAGAGGAGGCCUACGACCAGCCUGGGCUGGCCCGUUCCUCUGAGCCAGCACAGCUGGCCCCGAGCCACAGCCAGAGUGAGCAGGUGCCCAAACGGCCACGGCAGGGCAGGAGCUAUGACAGCAUCAGGGAAUACGAGCACGAGGCGGUGAGGAGGAGGUUCACACGGGCCAGGGAUGACUCAGACCAGGAUGAAGGCUACGAGUGGGGCCCAGCCACAGAUGUGUAGUGGCACAGCUGGCCUCUCCCUCCAGGCCAGCCCUCCUGCAGCCCUGCACAGCUGGGUGCAGCUGAGAGCUCAGGUGGUGCCCCAGUGGCCAGGCUGGGCUGGGCCCAAUCCUGCUAUACCCUGCAUCACCAAGUGCCUGCACUACCACGUGCCUCCUUCCCUUUUGGCCACAGCCACUGCUACUGGAAUAAAAGGGAUGUUUGGAUGAGGA